AUGGAAUCCAACAGAUCCUCUAGAACCAGCUCCAUUUCAGAAGAAGAGAUGAAUAGUCUCAAAGAAGCUUUUGCAUUGUACGACACCAACCACAACGGUGCUAUCGACCUCCAGCAGUUUGCUAACAUCCUCAAAAGCUUGAAUAUCGAGACAAAUGAUGACAAGUUGGAUGUUCUUUUGAAAAAAGUGGAUAAAAAUCAUGACAGUGAAAUUGAUUUUGAUGAAUUUGUGAGUGCCAUGACACAUCUAUUGACUCAAGACACGGAGAUCUCAAGCGAGCCCGAGAGUCUCAGACGAUGGAAGACAUACCCUGAACCUGAGGCCCAAGAAUCAAAUAAGAAAAACAAGGACAAAUCACAUUAUUCUCGCAGAAUGAGCGUACAUGAGACUGACGACUUGAAGCUCUGCUUUGCUAAAUUCGACAAGAACGGCGAUGGACAAAUCUCAGAAGAGGAACUCAAGGAAGUGAUGGGUGGAUUGGGCGAAAAGUUGACAGAUGCCGAAAUCAAGGACAUGAUGCACGAUGCUGAUACAAAUCAAGAUGGUUUUAUCGAUUUUGAAGAAUUCAAGGCAUUAAUGCCUUCAAAGAAAAAUUAG